CAGUGUGACAGUCCCAUUAUGCUUAAAAAUUUCCCCUUCCCCUUUGGGUUCCAUUUCCCCAUCAGCCAGGGCUGCCUAUAAAAAGAGAAGGAGAUGGCUUCAGACUCCAGAGGACGCUGGCCCCAGUGAGCCGCCAGGCCCAUCUCACCUCCACUGCCACCGGGACCCACACUCCUCCACCUGCCGAGCAUCAUGCAGCUCCCCGGGGCUGUCCUGGCCACGCUCCUCUGCACUGCAGUCCUCUGCUCCCGGGUCUUCUCGGCACCAUAUGGUGCCGACACACCGACCGCCUGCUGCUUCUCCUACACCUCCCGGCAGAUUCCCAGUAAAUUUGUAGCCGACUAUUUUGAGACCAGCAGCCAGUGCUCCAAGCCCGGUGUCAUCUUCCUAACCAAAAGAAAUCGGCAGAUCUGUGCUAACCCCAGUGAAGCCUGGGUUGAGGAAUACAUCACCCACCUGGAGCUGAAUGCCUCAGUUACUCGGAAGCUGCAAGGAACCCAGUGACCUCCACAGUCCUGAGCCUCGGAAACAACCCUGUAACCUCCAAAGCUACCUCUCCUAUGGGCUGGUUGCCAAACAACCACACUCUGGGACUCUUAGUAACUUAACUGUUAAUUUAUUUAUGUUAUUUCAUUUUUAUAACUUAUUUUCAAUGUCAAAUUAUGUUUGUCCUUGUUUGCUCCAAGAGCUCUUACGGCACACUCGUGACCAUGUCUGCCCUCCGCCUUCAUUCACUCUGAGAUGGGUGAGGUUCAGUAAUUGUCCUCUGCUUGUUCCAGGCAGACAUUGUACCAAAGACAGACUGACAAGUAUGCACUGGGUGCUUUUGUUCAGCACUGUGUUCAGCCGAGUGAAACAAUAAAGAUGCUCUUUUAAAAAGUAAACUGGCAUUGAGUUUGGCUUUGCUUUUCUGGCAAAUCAAGAUCACUGCUUGAGAGGAAUAAUGGGCAAAGAGUAGGAAGGUGUGAAAUGGAGGGAAGUCGGGAGAGAUGGAAAGGAAGCUACUACAGGGAUAUUCCAUUUUACCCUGGAGACACAUUCCCAGAACGUUGAAACUGAUGGCUGUUUUAGAAAUUACGUCAUAAUGUACAGGCUCUAGGAAAAUUCACUAUUCGAGUGGAUAUUGAUGCUAAAUAUUUAUAUUUAUGCUAAAUCAAGCUUUCUUAAUAACA